UCAACUGGCAUUUGCCUUUCCUCAUCCAUCAUCUGCAAUACCUUCAUUUCCUUUCGCUUUCUUGUUCCCUCUCUCCUCUCAGGCUCAGCUUUUUGUUCGGAACGUCAGGUCUUCUCCUUUGAGCCAUCAUGUUCCGCAACAAUUACGACAACGAUUCUGUGACUUUCUCUCCACAGGGUCGAAUUUUCCAGGUUGAAUACGCCCAGGAGGCUGUGAAACAAGGUUCAGUUGUUGUCGGUCUCGUCAGCAAAACUCACGCGGUGCUUGCUGCUGUAAAGCGCAAUGCCGAAGAGUUAUCAUCUUACCAGAAGAAGGUUAUUGGAAUAGAUGAUCAUUAUGGUAUUGGGCUCGCAGGACUCGCCUCCGACGCCCGCGUCCUUUCAAACUUCAUGAAGCAACAAUCUCUUGCCUCCCGGAUGACAUAUGGUCGGCCUAUCCCCAUCGAACGUAUCGUCAAUAUGAUUGGUGACCGAGCCCAAACAAACACACAACAUUAUGGAAAGCGACCAUACGGUGUCGGACUGCUGGUGGCAGGUGUAGACGAUCUAGGGCCUCAUCUCUUCGACUUCCAGCCAAGCGGAAUGACCUAUGAAAUGACUGCGUGUGCGAUUGGUGCAAGAAGUCAAAUGGCAAGGACAUAUUUGGAGAGGCAUCUCGACGAAUUCCAGAGCUCUAGCCGCGAGGAGCUCAUCAAGCAUGGGCUAAGGGCUUUGAAGGAGACGCUACCGCAGGACAAGGAAUUGACUGUGGAUAACACUAGCCUUGCGGUGAUUGGCUUAGGUGAUGAAGCCAAGGGCAAGAUAGAGCCUUUCAAGCUCUUUGAGGGACAGCCAAUUGCUGCCUGGCUAGAGACGACAUUUGAAACUCAACAGGGCGAGAGAGAGGGCGCAGCCGAAGGAGAGUCUAUGGAGGUAGACCAAUAGAGGUUUUAACUUUAUGCUCAUGGUAUCAGGAAAUAUAUUGCAAAUGAUUUCAAUAUUCAAAUAUAAUCAUAUGAUCAGCAUAUGAAAUCCAUCUCCCAGGACUUGUAAUGCUCGAAGCAACUCCC